GUCAGUCACUCGUACUCCGGCUCAAUACGGCGUUUCUGUCAUUCGGCAUUUCCGCUUGUCUUCACGUUUUCCUCACACUGUCGUCGACUGGCGGUGAUCGGCGUUCAGAAAAGGUAUCGGAGAGCACUACUUCCUGCGAGUCCGAGCAGCUUGUCCAGCUGCAGCACCCCUGAGGCUCGGUUCUGCUCUGUCCGUGGAUCAGCGCGAGGAAGAACAUGUCUCAGGUCUCUGACAUCGACGAAAGCCUUUAUUCUCGGCAGCUGUAUGUGCUGGGCCAUGAGGCCAUGCAUCACAUGAAGAAGGCAGAUGUGCUCAUUGCAGGGAUGAGGGGACUUGGAGUGGAGAUAGCCAAAAAUGUAAUAUUGGCAGGCGUCAAGUCUGUCACAGUUCAGGAUGAGGGUAUCGCCAGCUGGGAAGACUUGUCAUCUCAGUUCUACCUGGAGGAAUCCAGUAUCGGUCAGAACAGGGCCCAGUGUUCCCUUUCCAAGCUGUUAAAACUCAACCCUUAUGUGACCGUGUCCGCCCACACUGGCCCACUGCAUGAGAACUUACUGGCCCAGUUCCAGGUGGUUGUACUCACAAACUCUUCGCUCGAUGAGCAGCGUAAAAUAGGAAAGUAUUGUCACUCCAGUGGUAUCCAGUUCAUCACUGCUGACACCAAAGGAUUGUGUGGGCAGAUUUUCUGUGAUUUUGGAGAACAGUUUGAAGUUGCAGACUGGAAUGGGGUGCCGCCUGUGUUUGCCACGAUCGACCAUAUCUCCAGGGGAAAUCCUGGCAUAGUCACGUGCACAGACAAACAUGAAUUUCAAGAUGGAGACUUUGUCGCUUUUUCGGAAGUUCUUGGCAUGACAGAGCUCAACAGCUGUGGACAAGUGGAGAUAAAAGUCCUAGAGCCUUACACCUUCAGUAUUUGCGACACCUCGCUCUUCUCAGAAUAUGAAAAAGGUGGAGUUGCUACAGAGGUGAAAAUGCCAAAGAUGUUCCAUUUUCAAGCACUGCAUGAUGCCAUCUCCAACCCUCAGAUGGUCAUGACAGGCUAUGGGAAAACGAACAAGCAUCACACACUCCAUCUGGCUUUCCAAGCUUUGCAUUGCUUUGUGAAGCGUGCCGGACGACUGCCCAAACCCAGGGAUCAGGCAGAUGCCAAAAUGCUGCUCGCUAUGAUGAGGGAGCUGAAAAGUGAAGCCCAGCUAGAGCUAGAUGAAGACAUUGUGCGGAAGUUCGCUUUCACUGCUCAGGGAAACCUGGGCCCAGUUAACUCAUUCAUUGGAGGACUGGCUGCACAGGAGGUAUUGAAGGCCAGCAGCAGGAAGUUCACUCCUGUGCAGCAGUGGUUGUACUUUGAUGCCUUGGAGUGUCUGCCUGAGGAAGAGGAAGAGAAAGAGGAAGUGCGAUUGCUGACAGAGCACAACUUUGCGCCGACUGGGAGUCGGUAUGAUGGACAGAUUGCAGUGUUUGGCAAAGCCUUCCAGGAGAAGCUUGGAAAGCAGAAGUACUUUUUGGUAGGAACAGGGGCAAUUGGCUGCGAGCUGCUGAAAAACUUUGCUCUUAUUGGCUUGGGUGCUGCAGAAGACGGACACAUCACUGUGACAGACAUGGACUCGAUCGAGAAAUCAAAUCUAAAUCGACAGUUUCUCUUCACUUCUGAAGACAUUGGAAGGCUGAAAUCUGAGACUGCGAUGCAGGCCAUCCUGAAAAUGAACCCAUCCAUGCAUAUAACAGCACACCAGAACAGAGUGGAUCCAGAAAGCGAGGAAGUCUAUGGAAACAAGUUUUUCUCCAGUUUGGAUGGAGUCGCUGCUGCUUUGGACAACCUAGAAGCAAGAGUAUAUCUAGAUGGUCGCUGUGUCCAGCAUCAGAAGCCUUUGUUGGAAGGGGGGACCCUGGGUACCAGAGGUCAUACCACAGUCGUUGUGCCCUUCCUCACGGACUCCUAUGGGGUGCCUGGAUCCUCUCUCCAGAAAGCCAUUCCUUUGUGCACUCUAAAGAACUUCCCAUACCUCAUCGAGCACACCCUCCAGUGGGCCAGAGACGAGUUUGAAGGGCUCUUCAAACAAGUUCCAGAAAAUGUGAACCAGUACCUCACUGAUCAUGAGUUCCUGCAAAGAACUCUGGAGCGGGGAGAGGCCGGGGCACUGGAAGUCCUGGCACAGCUACAUGGCAGUGUUGGCAGCCAGCGUCCAGCCGUUUGGGAGGACUGUGUGACGUGGGCCCGUCUCCGAUGGGAGAUCCUCUACAACAAUGACAUCCGUCAGCUACUGCACUGCUUUCCCCCACACCAGAUGACAAGCUCUGGUUUGCCUUUCUGGUCUGGCCAAAAGAAGUGUCCACAUCCCUUGACCUUUAGUCCAAACAAUGCCACCCAUAUGGAUUACAUCAUAGCAGCAGCAAACCUCUAUGCACAGAUUUAUAAGAUCAAGGGAACACGAGACCGUAACACCAUCAGGGAAGUCCUUGAAAAGGUCCAUGUGCCUUCCUUCACGCCCAAGUCUGGCGUAAAAAUCCAUGUCACGGACCAGGACAUGGAGAAAGACAAGGAAAAUGUUGACACAGCCCACCUGCUGAAGCUAAAGAAUGAGCUGGCCUCCACUCCAGGGAACAGCACCACUCUCAGGAUGCACCCCAUUGAGUUUGAGAAGGAUGAUGAUACAAAUUUCCACAUGGACUUCAUUGUGGCUGCCUCGAACCUGAGAGCCGAAAACUAUGGCAUCCCCCCUGCUGACCGACUCAAGAGUAAGCUGGUCGCUGGGCGAAUCAUCCCAGCCAUUGCCACGACCACAGCUGCAGUGGCAGGACUCAUGUGCCUGGAGCUCUACAAAUUGGUCCAGGGUCACCGAAGGAUUGAAUUGUACCGCCCAGCCUUCCUCAACCUGGCAGUCCAGACGUGUGUCUUCUACCAGCCCCUCGCACCCCAACUUUUCACAGUAGCAGGAAAAAAAUACUCCUUGUGGAAUCAGUUCCCUGUCCAAGGGAGGUGCAAUGGCCAGGAGGAGAUGACCUUGAAGGAGCUCAUUGAACAGAUCAAGAAAGAGCAUAACCUGGAAGUAACUCAUCUCUUCUAUGGGAAAGCCCUUUUGUAUAGCUCUGGGUCCGAGCACCAGGAAAGGCUGAAUCAAAGGGUGUCUGAUGUGGUGCAGACAGUCACCAAGGUCCAGAUUCCUCAGCAUCAGCGGGUCCUGGAAUUCUACCCUUCAUUUGCUGAAGAUGAGGACUGUGAGAAAGUUCCACCCAUCAGGUACCAGUGGAGAUGAACUCAAGUCCAGCUCAAGUGUCAUCUAAGAAGACUGGACCACGAAACUCUGCACUUUAUUACAUUUUGGGUCUUACAAAGCCAAUCCAUCUAGAAAAUGUGGAACAGCAAAGAACCAGCACUUAAUGCCUCAAGGCAUUUUCAUUUUCAGACUAUAUUUUAUUGCACAUUUUAAAAUACGAAUUAGAAGCACAUGAUGUCAACCUAAUGAGAAAGCUUACUUUUAUGCUACUGAAACAUAAUCAUAUUAUAAAUAAAUUGGUGCAUGUGAGUAUGUAUAAUUAGCAGUGUAAGUGAACAGUGCGACGAUUUAAAAUAAGAAUGUUUACAUAAAGCAUCGUUAAGCAUUGUCGCUUUGUGUGUCAAUGUUGUGAGUCACAUGCUGGGAAUGGUAUUAAAUUUGAUUAC